GCCGAAUACAUCCCAUUUCAUUUCAUUUAAUUUCCACCAAAUUUCCUCCAAAGCAGAGUGUGAAGAAGGACGUUUAGAGUGAAAACCAUGUCACUGAUUCGGCGGAUGACUGGCGGACGGCGGCGGAGCAACGUGUACUACGAUCCCUUCUCAUUGGAGGAUUGGAACCCAUAUGAAGAAACGGGCUCUGCUUUCAUGGACACUCGAAUCGACUGGAAAGAGACGCCAAAUGCUCACAUCUUCAAGGCGGAUCUUCCCGGAAUGAAAAAAGGAGAAGUGAAAAUGGAGGUUAAAGAGGGCAGAAUUCUGGAGUUGAGUGGGGAGAGAAGAAAGGAGGCAGAGGAGGAGAGCGAAAAGUGGUACAGAGUUGAGCGGCGGAGUGGGAAGUUCUUAAGGAGAUUCCGGUUGCCGGAGAAUGUGAAAGUGGAGGACGUAAAUACGAGCAUGGAGGAUGGAGUUUUGACGGUGACUCUGCCCAAAAUUGAAGACAUGAAGCCUGAAAUCAAGUCCAUUGCAAUCUCUGGAUAGAUAUGUUAAAAUCAUGUUCUUUUCCAUUAUGUAUGAACGUAAUUGUUUGAAUAAAUUCUAUUUCGUGGAUCGUUUGAAA